GCACCCCGCCCGUGGAGGAACGAAAGGAGAGUGUAGCCUGUAGACUGUAGACAAGUUAACCGGCGGCUCUCCAACAAAUCUCUCUCACUCAAGCCUCAAGGGCCUGAAGCAUUUGAGAAUUGAGACCAAGAUCAAAGAGGAAAGGCACGGGUGGAGUUGAAGGUUAUUUCAGUUUCAGGGUCAACUCAACUACUCUCAAGUGAACUCUACUCCCAAGCUUUUGUUUAGAUGCGUCAAGAAACUUGAAUUGGAAAGAGUAGAUGGAGAAAACACGUGCUCUCUUCAAGCGUCCGUUCACUGUUAUUAGAAGCUUCAGUACUUCUGUUCCUUCAUCAACUGCAGCAACAAGUGUAGCAAAGAAAUUCAAAUGCAGAAUGAAGAAGAACCUAUUUGAAGUUGCUCAGUUUCUUCCCAAUUGGGGAAUUGGAUAUCAGAUGGCAAAGAAUCACUGGACUGGGGUGUCUUACCAGAUUACUAAGAUCAAUCUCUACAAGGAUGGUCGACAUGGUAAGGCAUGGGGAGUUGUCUACAAAAAUGGCAUUCCAUCUGCAGAUGCUCCCAAGAAAAUAAGUGGGGUUCACAAGCGUUGUUGGAGGUACAUUCCAGCUGAGACAAAGAAAACAAUAGAAAACCGACCAGAAUCACAACAAGUUCAAGUGGUUUAAUCGUUAAAUAUAUGUAGUUCGGCUCAGAUUCUAUUUGAUGUUGCAGCUAAGUCCUGCCACAGACACGUACAGUUGUUGUUAAUUUUAUUUACUUUGCAGUUUAAAAUUAAGCACAUAGCUAGGUUUAGCAAAUUAAGCAACGAAAUUUAUGUAGGCUGACCUGAGUAAGGGAAAAUGUUAUUUAAUACUUAUUUUAUGCUUCUAACAUUUCUAGCUCAUGAAGCGUCUUGCAUUGCUUAUUCGUGUUGUA